AUGUCUUCCACUCAGAGCGCCUACAGGGACGCCACAGAGGCCCACCAGCAACAUUUGUCGCUGCAGCAGCAGCAACAGAAGCAGCAGCACGUACAGCCGCAGCAGCAACAGCUGCCGCACGAGCAAGGGCAGCAGCUGCAACAGCUCCAGCAGCUGCAGCAGCUGCAGCAGCUGCUUCAACUGCAGCAGCAAAGCGAAACUGAAUACUCCUCCCUCAAUAACUCGUUACUUUCUACAGCUAAAGAUCUGCUACAGCAGCCGCAGCAGCAGCAGAAACAGCAGCAACAGCAGCACACCCCUGUGGGUACUGCCGGAUCGACCGUGCACGAGUUGCUGCUGCAGCUCCAACCGCAGGGGCAGCAGCAACAGCAGCAACAGCAGCAGCAGCAGCAGCAGCAGCAACUUGGGCAGGCUCGAGACCCUGCUAACAGCAGCAGCAGCAACAAACAUGGCAGCAGCAGCAGCAACACCUGCUACUGCAGCAAACACAGAAGAACUCGCUGCAGCAAUACUACGAGAGAAGACACUGAGACCACCAACACACUCAGCAGCUCCAGCAGCAGCAGGCUCAUCAGAAGCAGCAGCAGCAGCAGCAGCAGCAGCAGCAUCAACACCGUUAUUAACAACAGCAGCAGGAUCCGCAGCAGCAGCAGUACCAGCAAGAGCCGCUGCUGGCACAGCAGCAACAGCAGCAGACAGACGCGCCUUCAUGCAGCAGCAGCUGCUCCGAAACGAGGGUCGGUUCCCAAGCUGCUGCUGCUGCUGCAGCUCUCGAGGCUGUCCGCAUGGCUGCCAACGCUGCAGCAGCAGCAGAUGCAGCAGCAGCAGCAGCAGCAGCAGCAGCACCAGAAGCAGCAGCACCAGCAACAGAUACAAAAACAGCAGCUCCAACGGCUGCAACUGCGUCAGAGAGUCUGUCCGCUGCCAGUGCUGGUGAAGGCCCCGACGGGAACUCAGCAAGUGCAGCAAAUCUGCAGCAGCAGCAGCAGCAGCAACAGCAGCAGCAGCAACAGCAGCAACAGCAGCAGCAGCAGCAGCAGGAUCUGCCGCUGCACAAGAUGCACGGGUCCCAACGGCGCUGCUGUACGCCGCCAGCCCGGGCUAACUGCAGCAGCAGCAAUCUGGAAAAUGAAGGACCAACCGAGUGCAGCAGCAGCAGCAGCAGCAGCAGCAACAGCAGCAGCAACAGCAGCAGCAACGGCGUCAAGCGCAGCCGCAGCCGCAGUGGCAGCAACAGCAGCAGCAGACGCAGUGUCUCGCACGACGGCUCGAUGGCUGUAG